UCGUCAAACUUCAACCAGUUCAGUUGAUUUUGCCGCCUAUAAUAGUAGUGCCCGAGCGAUUGUUAUUAUUUUCUUUAAGUUCUGUUAGAUAAAGUCGAAAGUAUUUCUCUGCAACAUAAAACGCUACUCAUCAUCCAUCGUAUUAUAAUAGUCACACAAGCAAAAUUAUAAAAGAUUUAGCUGUAGUUUUUCCUUAUUAAAAAGUCUUUGUCAAUUAUAACCUCUACAAUUCCGUAACUGGGAAAUAAAUAUUUUUCUAAGUAAUAUGGCUAAAGUUCAGCUUUGUAAUAUCACCGUGAUGGAUAAUCCCAGUCCUUUUCUGAAUCCAUUCCAAUUUGAAAUUACUUUUGAAUGCAUAGAGGAACUUAAAGAGGAUUUAGAAUGGAAAAUGAUUUACGUGGGCAGUGCAGAAAGUGAAGAACACGAUCAAAUAUUAGAUUCUGUAUAUGUAGGACCUAUUCCAGAGGGAAAACAUAUGUUUGUUUUUCAAGCUGAUCCCCCUGAUGUUACUCGAAUACCCGAAAACGACGCUAUAGGUGUAACAGUUGUGUUAUUAACUUGUUGUUACAAAGGGCAGGAAUUCAUUCGUGUAGGCUAUUUUAUUAAUAAUGAAUACAGCGAUGUUGAGUUACGAGAAAAUCCCCCCAGUCCACCACAGUUUGAUAAGGUUACUAGGAACAUUUUAGCAUCUGAGCCAAGAGUAACACGUUUCAAAAUUAACUGGGAAGAAACAACAAAUCAGGAAAGUAGUACAACAAACAAUGAAAUUAAUGGAACUACAAGUUUAGUUACCAAUGAAAGUACAAGUGCCAAUACUUCUUUAAACAUUCAUUCAUUUAAUGAAAAUUCUAACUCAAUGGCAACUAUGGAGUGUUCUUGAGCAAAAUAUAAUUAACUAAAAUUUCGGCACUUUUCAAAGGAACACUUUGUUGUAAAAUAUGAAACAACUCAGCAGUGCCCCACUCAACUAAUAAAGUAAUUGGUUGAAUAAUAUUAUUUUGUAUAAGGCAUAUUAAUUAAAAAAAUGUGAUAAUUUUUUUCUUUUUUGUUAACAAUUUUCAUAUUUCACUAAUUUAAAUAUUAUAUGAUGCAAUUAGGCAGUGUCCCACUCUACUAUUAAAGCAAUUGGCUAAGUAAUAUUUUGUAUAAGGUAUGGAAAAAUUUUAUAAUUUUUGUCUCUUGUUAACAAUUUUCGUACUUCACUAAUAUCUAAAUAUACUUCCUGUAAAAGAGCCAAUAUUAAUUGCGGACUUGAUCUUUUUGUUAAUUUUUUACGAAUUUAAGUUAACCAUAAAACUGAACUGUUAAAAAUUUAAUAAUAUGUGUAUAGCUAAUA